AUACUCAACAACGUUCUCCCUCAUCACCACACUAUGCGCGCCCUCGUCCGAGCAGGAGACAAAACCACACUCGCUUUCGACCCCAACCAUGCAGAACCAACCACAUCACAGCAUCCAGAUUGCUACCUGAUCCGCCCCAAAGCAUCGGCCAUCUGCAGAGACGAACUCAAAUGGCCCGAACCGUUGACUCCAGAUAUCCCAGUCCCAGGACUAGAUGUCGCAGGCGAAAUCAUAGCAACGCCCAUGACCACAACCGAGACCCCAAAGUUCAAAGUCGGAGACGAGAUCUUUGCAUUGACGACGCAUACCUGGGUGGGCAAUGCUCGCGAAGUCUCCGUCGCCCAUGAACGCGAGUUGGCGUCGAAGCCGCAGAAUCUCACGUGGGAGGAAGCUGCUAGUGUGCCAUUGAGUGCGCUGAGUGCGUACCAAGGGUUAUUUGUACAUGGUGGUUUGUCUACAGACGACAACAGAAACAAUGGGAAACGAGUCCUCAUCACAGCUGCAUCGGGAGGAGUAGGCAUAUGGGGGAUCCAGUUAGCGCACCAAGCAGGAGGCGUUACCGAACUUGUGGGUACAUGUGGCACCGCGAAUGUCGACUUUGUAAAGAGUCUUGGCGCGGGCAUUGUUCUAGACUACAGAAAAACAACCCUUGUCGAUUGGGUUCAUGAGGACUGGGAUGCUCGAGCAUUCGACGUGGUGCUAGAUUGUGUGGGUGGAGACACAUUGUCGGGCGCGUGGACGUGUGUGAGGGAAGGUGGAAGAGUUGUUAGUGUCGCCGAACCUCCUAAUGGUAAGAAGCCUGCCGAUGGUGUGAGGGCUGAGGUAGAGGGUGUCUGGUUUAUUGUGAAGCCGAAUGGGCAGCAACUGGUUGACAUCACGAGAUGGAUUGAGCAGGGGAGAUGCAGGGCGGUAGUGGACAGUGUGUUCGAGUUGGAACAAUUUAGAGAAGCUUUUGCGAGGUCAGAGGGAGGGCAUGCCAAAGGUAAAGUGGUGUUCAAGAUGUGCUGA